AACUCUGGAGCUGUUAAAUACAGAGGACAAAACUUGCCAAAGCUUUGUUAUUUUUCCAGUGUUUAGCAUAAUUGCAAAGGAAUAAUGAUUUCAUGAUAUGUAUUCACUCAUAAAUAUUAUGAAUAGAAGUCAGCUGUAUAACAGACACACCUCCCAGUCCUGUUAAGCUCAGCUAAACACUCUUCACAAUGCAAAUCCCUGUGCACAGCAAGUCAGCAUGUUUGCACACACGUUGCUUUGCACGCUGGAGACUGUAGUGCUGCUCAGUCAGGAGCCACAAGCCCUGGUGAUUACACAAAGUGGAGAAGAACCACAUAGCCCAGCAUGACUUAACGCACCUGCUUAUUUAUCCAGCUUGACUGGGUGAACUGAAACGGUGACCAAUGGGCUGGUAAUCUUUUUGAUUCUCACCCCUAAAUGCUGUCUUAUCAGCUCUUAUUUUAUAGAUUAGUUUAGUGGACUAGUUGUGAAUUCACUGUUACAUCUGCUGCUUGUGGAACAAGAAUCAUCUGCCUGGGAUUCUUUUUCUGAAUCAUAAGGACACAGUUUGGUGUAACUUUGUCAAGGACUGCUCCUGGACAUGAAACCGGGUGUGCGGGUCUGUGUGCCCUCUGCGGCGGUGCUGGGCCUGUUUUGCCGAGGCUGUCUCAGCAGGUCGCGGAGCUGGCCCGGCCGCAGCUUCAGUUCCACCUCCAGGGAGAUGAGCAGGUGGAACAGCCAGGACGCCAGCCCCCCAUCUCCUCAGGAAAACGUGCGCGUGCUCAUCACAGGUGGGCUUGGGCAGUUAGGUGUGGGACUUGCACAGAUGCUGAGAAAACAGUAUGGAAGGGACAAUGUAAUCCUGUCAGACAUCAAGAAGCCUCCACCUCACGUUUACGCCAAUGGCCCGUUUGUAUACGCUGAUGUUUUGGACUACAAACACCUCCGAGAACUUAUUGUAAACAAUCGCGUCACUUGGCUGGUCCACUACAGCGCUCUGCUUAGUGCUGUGGGUGAGGCUAAUGUGGCUUUGGCACGAAAGAUCAACAUCACAGGCCUACAUAAUGUGCUGGACUUGGCCUUAGAGAACUGUUUGCGCCUCUUUGUCCCCAGCACUAUUGGGGCAUUUGGUCCCUCUUCUCCACGUGACCCGGCCCCUGACCUCUGUGUUCAAAGACCUCGAACCAUCUACGGCGUGUCUAAAGUGCAUGGUGAACUGAUGGGGGAGUAUCUCCAUCAUAAAUACGGCUUGGACUUCCGCUGCCUGCGUUACCCUGGAGUGAUAUCAGUUAACACACCUCCUGGUGGUGGAACUACAGACUACGCUGUUCAGAUCUUCCAUGAUGCUCUCAGCACAGGUCACCAUGAGUGCUACCUGCGACCCGACACCCGUCUUCCCAUGAUGCAUAUCUCUGACUGCCACCGUGCCACGGUAGAGUUCAUGCAGGCUCCGGAGUGCCAGCUGUCACUGCGCACCUACAACAUAGCUGCCAUGAGCUUCACCCCUGAAGAGGUGGCCCAAGAAAUCCGCAAGCAUCUCCCUCACCUCAAGGUCACCUACAAUCCUGACACUGUCCGCCAGACCAUUGCAGACAGCUGGCCUGUAAGAUUUGAUGACACCAAUGCCAGGAGAGACUGGGGCUGGGCGCCAGCCUUCGGGCUUGAGGAGUUGGUGUCGGACAUGCUCCGCUCCAUCCGAGACAAGAGGACCAGCGAGGGUUUGCCAGUCAGCUAGCAAAACCUGCUGCACCAAGACUAACCAAUGCCCUACCUACCACUGACUUUUCUUCAGUCUACAUUUACCAACAGCACACUUUGUUUUACUUCACUUUUACAAAUUGUCAACCAGUAUCAUCUGUUUGUCUGGAGCAUUGCUGCACCGUGCCAGGGACUGAUUGUAAAAUGGAAAUUCUCAGUCAUAACCUCUUUAUAUUCAGUGGAAAGUGAGAUGUCAAACACGUGUGCACACACACACACACACACAUGCACACACACAGACACACACACACUUCAGUCUUUUCAGGGAAUCAGAUGCUGUCAAACCUUCUCUUCAUCUUUGUGGUUUUUAUUGUUCUCAUGGUAUAAGCAUCCCUUUACACAUGGGCAUGUUGCCUCAGGUGGAACAGAAACGUUUCUUAAGCUUUAAAGAGUUUCAGAUGUUGAUCACAUGCAUGAGCACACGAGCGUGUUUCAGCGUCUGUUACAAUAUCUAACACAAUAUGGACAAGUUCCACGUGUAGAACAACAAAUCUGUUGGACAUUUUGAAUCCAGGAUCAUCUGGAAUGACUGACUCAGUUGACUUUGGACUGUAAUGAAAAAUCAUGUAUCCUGGCUGUUUUGUAAAGCACUCUUUUAUAAUAUAGGCUAUCAAACGAAACUCACAGUACAUACAACCGCACUACCUUUGCCGUGGCACAGAACAGGAAGCCUUUACUUUUUUGCCAGCGGUGUGAUUACAAAUAUGAAUGAGUAACAGUAUCAAAUGAGGCCGUAUUUACUUAGGAAAACAAUAUAUUAAAAAUGCUGUGUACUUUGAAUCAGACCUUUAAUAAUAAAAAUGUUAUUUACCCAAAGAGCAUUGAAUACCGUACGCUGCCAAAGUUUC